GCCAUUCCUUGACGCAUUGCACUACCCGAAAUACUUCUUCGCAUGACAGAUUUGUCAGCGGGACUUUCUGAUACUGCACUUUCCUUAGAAGCCAUCCGAGAUAACCUAAGCAUCAUUGAAGAAGGCUUCAGAAAUCUGAGGAUGCCAAGUACCGCUGACGACGGAAUACGCACUAGCUCAGUCAACCGAGAUGAGAUUUUCUACUUCUCCGAUGUCAUAAUACGCGUAGAGAGUACUCUCUACAAAGUCCCGCGCCAUAUCCUCUCUGAGCACUCCCACGUUUUCCGCGAUAUGUUCGCUUUACCCUCAGGAAACCAGCCUGCAGAAGGUCUCAGCGAUGACAACCCUAUCGUUCUCCAGGGAGUCACAAGUUAUGAUUUCAGACAACUUUUGCGAGUCUUGUAUGCUCGAGCCAUUGUUCCAAGCGCAUUACCCGUGUCAGUCACCAACCCCGCAAGGUCCCAACUUUCCCUAGCACGGCAGGAGUGGAGCGCUGUGCUCAAGUUAUCACACCAGUGGGAGAUGUCUACUAUCCAUCAGUUCGCUAUCGGAAAAAUGUCCAGCUUAGCGAUGGACCCCACCGAUAAGUUGGCGCUCGCCCUGAAGUACAACAUCGAUGUCUGGAUCAAACCUGCACUUAACGACCUCGCAAAGCGAUCGCGGCCGAUGACCAAGCGAGACGUAGACCUGCUAGGUCUUGGUGUCGUGCUCAAGAUCGCAGAAGUACGAGAGAGCAUCAUCAAAUGUCCCUUUAGUGGGGUGUUGACGGUUGGAACGAGGCAGGCAGACCAGCUGGACUUCGGAACUAGAAUUGAAGCAGUCUUCCCGGAACACUUCCCUCCCCCGCAACCUCACACGGAAAGCCAGAAUCUGAGUCCUUCGGGUAGUGGAGGCGACAGCUUGUCUUCUGCUUCGUUGUUUGGUUUUAGUACUCAAUCCUCUAACAACAGUAUAACUGCACCGUCUUUUGGAUUUGGUGCUCCUUACCGAAAUUCGGGUCGCUGAGUAGUGAGGGAGUACUUACGUUCAAUACGGCGUCGUUUGUAUGUGUUACUGCAAUCCAAGAAUCGAAU